UACAAAAGUUACGAACUGAACUAGCUUGCCUGGAUUUGGUUGCUCGAAGUAGAAAUGAAAAUCAGCCAAUCAGAUUACAGAUAGUCAGUUAACUAAUUUUUACAACUAGAAACAAAACGGCUCAUAUAAACUGAAACUGAACCAAAACAAACUUCGAUUUGUAAUUUUUCAAUUAUCGAUCGACCUACUGCUACUGGAGCAAAAACGACCAUUCUAUUGAGUUAAACCGAAUCGCUGAAGUAAUAAAAACGACCAUCAUCAUAUCGUCAUCGUCAUCUGAUUAACUUUUUAGUGGCUGAUAUGAUAUAAUAGUUAUGCACUAAUUGAGUAUUUACUACGUUUAAGUUUGAAUUUUUACUACAAAAUUACUCGCUGUAUUUUUCAGUACGACAAUAAACUGACCAUAAGUUCAUUUACUUCAUAUUUAUUUAGUUGAAGAUUGAAAAUUUUCCCCGAUUUAUUGGCGUAUCAUAUUAAUCCUAUUUUGUUCGUUUUUUUUUAACUGGCAGCGCCAAUUUCUUUUCAUUAUUGUAGUAAGUUGAGUUAAACAAAACUUUUCUAUAUCUGUUAACUUUAUUGCAAUUUUUCUUUCUUUAUUCAAUCGCAGUAGUUUUUUCUUCAAUUCAGUGACUCAUAAAACGAGCAGAAAAAGAGCAGUAAUUUGUUCCUCUCUUAAACAUAGACGAGAAAAUCGAAGCACAAGUCUCGAACAAAACUAAAUUCAUUUUUCAAUUCAACAUUGAAAUCACCCGCCCAAUUUCAAAUUAACAUUCUUCUCACAGUUCGUUCUGCAAAUCCUGUUGCGUGGUUGUGUCAGCUUUUUUCAACGAAUUGAUUAUUUUGAAUCAUUUUUGUGGCGAUUGAAACGUGAAACCCAAUUGUUAAACCCGAGCUUGGAGCUUUCCUACAAUUUAACUCGUUAGCGUCACAAUUUAUGCAAUUUAUACGAGUUUGAUCUUGAAAUUGAUAAUCAUUUUGGGAAUUGCAUUGCAGAUGGCAUCCUACAAAUUUUACAACCCUAUUUUGGGGCUAAAUUUGCCUCCCUUUGGCUCUUCUGUUCUGCCAGUGCCUUUGGAUCAGACAAACCAGCCGACAACGAGCCUUGAAAGCAGUAAAUCUAUAAAUCAUGGAGCCUUCUCACCAAAUCCCAGCUCUACCCCUUACAACAGUGGCAACCUCUCACUCUACAACCCAUUUUCGGACUACUUGGGUUUGGCUCAGAUGGUUGAGAGAAGACAUAUGGCAGAUAAUUUCGAGAAACUGGUCACAGAGACGUGCAUUGUCCCGGGCGCUGAUAUUUACAACGAAGUGAACAGACUUUUCUUCCAAGAGGAACAGAAUUCAAACACCUCGCCAGCUUUGACACAAACAUCCAGCCAGUCGCCAACAAGUAGACCUCAAACGUCAAGCAGACGAGAGAGAACAUUCAGCUGGACUUCGGGAUCCGACUCGGGACACUCGAGCGAUUCCAGUCACUCUCCGAUUCCAGCUGCCGAAUGCAAAUCUCAAACCAAGGCCAGUCUGAAUCCAUCGACGUCUCACUACCAGUAUAGCCAAAGCGUUAUGGUCUCAUCCAGUGGAAGUUCUGUCGGAGGCCAAGCGUCGGGAUCCGGAACGUCGGCGAGUGGGCACCAAAGCAGGUCAAGCAACUUGCUUCUGAAACCAGUGGUCACAUCGCAACACUUACAGCUGAACUUGGCCAAGCACGUUGCUAUGAAUCAAAGUAGUAGCUCUAACUCUGGAAGUAUGGGGCUAGGAUCUGGAUCAGUUUCGUCCGUUUCAAGAUUGCCUCCCAGUGUUCAACUGGCGCGAAAACUGACAGCCAAAAGCAUGUGUGUCUUCUGCAAAAACAACGGAGAAAUGGAGUCUGUGUUCAGCAGUCACGUGCUCAAAAAUGAAGAAGGGGCCAUAGUAUGUCCCAUUCUGAGGGCAUACACAUGUCCUAUUUGCGGAGUUUCGGGUGAUAAAGCGCACACGAUCAAGUACUGUCCUCAAGGAAAUAACGAGUCCACGAUCAAGGCGUUGAAACAAACAAGGAACUCCACUGCCAGUCGCAGGGGUCCGAACUCCUCGACAUCCGGACUAACGAACCCACACUUGCAACCACACGGAUUGCCAUCGAUGUCCAUGUCGAUGAUUCACUCGUCUUCCUACUCGCCUUCUGCAAGCAUGUCCUCGACCGUCUCAAGUAUGUCAUCGGGAGGUCAUCAACAUCAUCAUCAGCACCACCUGGGAGGGGGAUCCUUGAACCAUCACCAUCAGCAUCACCAGGCGCAACAUCAUCUAUCGUCGGCAGGUGCAUUUCACUCGCAGCUGGGUUCUGCGAAUCAUCAGGUGGCAGCAGCUGCGGCACUGCUCAACGUGGCUCAUCUGUAUGGACAUGGAGCGGGAAACAACGCUACUGGGGUUCACAACAAGUUCUAAGCUACACAUGGAGACGGGAAGCGGACUUAAACUGCAAGCUUGACACUACCUUUAGUAGUAUCAUGUCUCAAUCUCGACCGCACAAUAUGUGAACUCUAGAUUAGAGUAGUUGAUAGAUUAAAAACAUUCAGAAAUGCGCAAUUUGUAAACCCCCCCCCCCCCCCACUUGAAAAUUGGUUUGACUAUGAUGCCUUGCCCAGUAACCCCCAGCGCUAUUUGACUCCACAGUUUGUAUCAAUGAGUGCCAAUCAUUGGUCGGCAAUGUUUUGAUCUGACCCCUCGCCUUUUCUCAGAUGCUAAAUAACUUAUCAUUGCCAGAAUUUACCUUAAAUUAUCAAAAAAAUUCAAUUUGCACAUGCUUUGAUAUUCUGUGAUGUUUUUGUUAGCUUUUCUCGUUGUUGUCUUCUUUUCUUUUCGUCUUCGCAGUUCAGUUAGCUCUCGAAUAAAUUAAUUAAUUAAUUAGUUGAUUGAUUCUUUUGUACUGUAUGUAUUGUCUCAUUGUCUUUACGUCUUUGUACUGUAGUAUUGUCUUUCCUGAAUUUUUCUCAUGUUUUGUGCCUUAUUCAAUUACAUUCGUAAUCAUUGCCAUUGAUUUGCUUUAUCAGUAAAAAUUAAUCAAUUCAAUUCAAGUUGAAUCUAUCAAAUAGAUAUCUCACCUCUUAAUUAUUUUCCGGUUUCGUGAUUUUUUUUAUAAAAUAAAAUGUCAAUUAGAUGCCGUUAA